UACAGAUAUUAUACACAACUAGAUGAUAAAUCGAGGCAAAUGUAUAAAGCUGUUGACCAUGCAACGAACAUAUGAGCCGAAAUGGCGGCCACAUUUAAACGAACGGUAAACUUGCGCGCGCGCAGGGAUGAUUCGGAAUUCGAAAAUAGAAUAACGCGCAGGAAGUCAGGAUGGGCCGGGCCGGAUGUGUGCGUUUGGAUCCUGUUGUCUGCGACAUUUUUUGUCGGUUGUCAUGGUUACAAGGAGCAAAGAUUUGCAAUGGAGCCACAGGAUCAGAGUGCUGUCGUGGGCUCCCGUGUAACGCUACCGUGUCGCGUGGAGAACAAAGUGGGAAGCCUCCAGUGGACCAAAGAUGACUUCGGACUGGGGACGCACCGUAACCUCAGUGGUUACGAGCGGUACUCCAUGAUCGGAAGCGAUGAGGAAGGCGAUUACUCACUAGAUAUAAGAGACGUAGCUUUAGAAGAUGACGGCAAAUACCAAUGUCAAGUUAGUUCCGGUCUCAACGGUGAACCGGCUAUAAGAUCGAGGUACGCUCAGCUGACAGUAUUGGUUGCGCCGGACCCGCCUCGGAUAAUACAGGGAGCUUUUAUUGACGCUAUUGAAGAUCAAUCAAUUGAUAUCGAAUGCGUAUCUGAAGGAGGCAAACCAGCGGCCGAAAUAACGUGGGUUGAUGGCAAUCAAGUUGUAAUAAAAAACAACGUUGAUAGCAUAGUCGAAUUGUUACCAGACGAACAAAGAUAUAGGACUAGAUCUGUGUUGCGGUUGAUACCUAGCAAGAGUCACCACAAUCAGACAAUCACCUGUCAAGCACAGAACACCGCUGACAGGGCGUAUAGGAUGGCUACAGUACAUCUUGAGGUAAAAUACGCUCCAAAAAUCAACAUGUCAGUGACAUCAGGAUUAGUCAAUAAUAGGAUACCAGAAGGUACAGAGGCGCGGAUUCUAUGCGCGGCUGAUGCAAACCCUCCCCCACAAGUGUAUCGAUGGUACUUGAACAAUAAUCCCGUUGUUGGAGAUUAUUUGGAAGAACUGAUUAUAUUUAAUGUAUCCCGAAAACACAAUAAGGCGAUAGUGAAGUGUGAAGUCAGCAACGCCGCGGGAAAGAGCGAGUCUACCCUCACACUGAAUGUUACUUAUCCGCCAUCAUUUCGAACUUAUCCGCAAAACGUUGAAGCAGCAGUCGGUGCUAGCGUCACACUGAGUUGCGAUGUAGAUGGCCAGCCUCCACCAGAGAUACGCUGGUUAUUCCACGAGCCGGGGAGAAUAGGGCAGGUCAAAGGAAAAGCACCGAACCUUAAGGUGUACGUGGACGAGCGUACAGCUGGCAGAUAUAUUUGUAAAGCCACAGUCAGUGGGUACCCUGAGAUUGAAAGUGAAGCUACGAUAUUUAUAAAAGGUUUGCCCAAGAUCAUUUCAAAUAGAACCCAGUUAGGUUCUGAAGGUGAAAAAGCGACAGUCGAAUGUGAAGCUCUCUCAGUACCAAAGCCUGAUGAUAUCAGGUGGUACUUUGAAGGGAAAGAAAUCAGCAUUAUACAGGAUCCAGAUUACGCAACCUUAGAGGAAACAUUACCAAAUGGUAUUGUUAAGUCGAGUCUUGUUAUCCGCGCUAGUCAAUCUAAGCACUACGGUGUUUAUAACUGCAGUGUUACGAACGAAUAUGGGAACGCAAAUGCUGCUAUAACUUUGAAACCAAUGAAAACAUUACCGCUCUUCAUAAUCCUAAUCGGCGCGACAUCCGGUAUCAUACUCUUCUCAUCGUUCGUGAUCCUCGUAGUAAUCUGUCAUAGAAGAAGGAGAAAGAAGCAGAAGAUAAACGAGAAACCGGAUGUUACUGUAACUUCUAGUGACAUGUAUAAGGAAAGUGACAGAAGUUCGAAUAUUAGUGACCUGAAAUUACAGUUACCUCAGAGCGACGGGAGUUAUGAUUUGGAGUACACGAGCUCAGAUCGGUCUGACUCCAAGAACCCAUCUGGUCUCCCACUCGCCGGACCCGUGCCUCUUCCCAAUAUACGACAUGACGAUCCAAUGUUGCAAUUUAGAUAUAGCAACGAUUAUUCCGAUCCGUCAUAUGCGGAUACUUAUUUUAAGAAUCCCGCGGCGUACGUGUACGACUACCCGCAGGGGUAUGUCCCACCCCCUCACUUGAGGGUUCAAUCUCCUACGCUCGAAGUACCGACUAGCAGGUCACUUCAAGGUUCAUUGACGCGUAGUAUUGACACGUCGUCAACUCUCCCGUUGUCAGCUGGCAACGGAUCACAAAAUAAUUCGUUACAACGAACGAAACAGGACGAGACUGAUGCUAUUAAUAAUUUAGGCUUACCUGUCGGAGGUGAAGCCCCGCAGGUACCUGUAUACACGCAAACUGGUGGUAAAAACCACAGCGGCGUCGAUUUAAGAUAUGCCGCUACAUACGGGAACCCGUAUCUCAAAAACAGUUCAGUUGGUUACAACCAAGUGCAUACGGCAAAGCCGGCGUCAACGCCCGCACCGCCGCCGUACUCCGCAGUACGGAGUUCAGUACUACUCCCAGGUUAGCUUCGACCGUUUAGGUAACACACCAAGAACACAAGCAACGCACGUGUAACGAAAGUGUAUAAAUAACAUAAGAUUUGUAUAAAAUGACUUCUUUCUAAAACUGUAUGCUACAGUUACUGUAAUAUAAUGUUCCUAAAUAAAUAUUACGACUGAGAUGUAAAUAAAAUUACUAGGUUAGGUGUAAAAAGUGAAAUAAGGGCUGUUACGUACGAUUUUUUAUGCAAAAAAAUUCCAAAAAAUUUUUUUUUUUCGUAAUAGCUUUUGUUGGUUAAUUGUAUUAAUAUGUUAUGCUUAUGCAUGGAUUUACCACCGUUUUUUUUUCUGAUAACGAACAGCAUUUUAUGUAAUAAAUGGAAUAUAGUUUAGAAAUAAAUAUUAUUGCUCAAAAUGUUGCAAUAGGUAAAUAAUACACAAGAUGUGUUUACAGUAUCGAAACAAAAUGUUUCUUUUUACUUAAUAGAUAUGCGAAGAGAUUGCUUUAAAAAUUGUUCUUCCAUUGCUUAAAAAAUAUAGCUAUAUGAAUUUUUAUUUAAUAAAUUCAAUUAUAUUUCAUAGUUUAAAA